AUGGCAUCCAGUUUGGUGAACAAAAGUAACUUCCCCCUCAAUGACAGCAUCUGCUCCAUUCACCAUCCUUCCUCCAUCACAAGAGUGACCCUGUUGUUAUUCUACUCCAUCCUCUUGGUCAUCAGCUCCUUUGGGAACAUUCUGGCCAUUUACAUUGCCUCUCAAAAGAAGAAGAUGAACUCAACAGACCUCUACUUGAUCAACUUGGCUGUGUCUGACAUCCUUUUUACCUUGGCUCUGCCAGGAAGGAUCAUUUACUACAUCUUAGACUUCAAUUGGCCUUUUGGUGACUGGCUCUGUAGGGUGAUAGCCUUUGUGUUCUAUGUGAAUACCUAUGGUAGUGUCUACCUCAUGACAUGUAUCAGCAUUGACCGAUAUAUUGCUGUGGUUCACGCCCACCAGAAUCACAAAUUCCGCCAUGCUGGCUGGGCAAAGUACAUCUGUAUUGUGGUCUGGAGCCUGGCAUCCUUGCAGACAAUGCCAGUGCUCUUUCUGCCCUUGACCAAGAAGAUGGGUGACAAGCUGAGCUGCAUGGAGUAUGCCAGUAUCGAAAAGAUUCUCAGUCUGCCCCUUCUGCUUCUGGGGGGUUGUGUCCUAGGCUUCUUUGGGCCAAUGGGGAUCAUAUUAUUUUGUUAUGUUAAAAUUACCUUAAAGCUAUGUAGGAUAGCUCAAGAAAACUCAGUGACGAGCAAGAAUGAGCACCAGAAGAAGGCUUGUUUAGUUAUUCUGCUGGUGCUAAUGGCAGUGAUCAUCUGCUUUAGUCCUUACCAUUUUAAUAUUAGCCAGUUUAUGCUUAGAGAACUAUUCUAUCAGGCCACCUGUGCUGAGCAGAAAGCUUUUAAGGUGUCUCUUCAGGUCACAGUUUGUUUUAUGAACAUGAAUUGUUGCAUUGACCCCAUAAUUUACUUCUUUGCAUCCCAAGGCUAUAAGAAACAGUUCCUCAGGAUUUUUAAACCCAGAAUUUCAACACCUUUCUCCUCUACUGGAAAAAACUCUUCAGAAACAAACAGUAACAACCAUGGAGUUGACUCUGUGCUGGGUUAG